CGCAGACUUGCUUGCGAUGACCGAGAGCGUACGUGACGCGGCCAUCGCGAGCUCUGUCGUUGCCGUGGACCUCGGCAACGACAUUGCCGUCAAGCUACCGAAACCGCACCCUGUGCGCGGCGAUCUGCGCUUCUCGAUGGGGCUCCGCGACAAGUGGCUUGCAGUGGCAACGCGGCGCCCGGGACAAUCGAGCCUCGGGUACGGUCUGGCACCGACGCUGCCGCUUCGCCCGUUCAUGAUCAACCCGCUCGGGCUCUUUCGACGCGUCUGGGAUAUGCUCCUCGCGUCCGCUGUCAUCUACCUCUGCUGGUACAUUCCCUUCAACGUCGCGAUCGUGUGGUGGACGCCAACGUCAGAGCUCGCUGCGUUCCAUACUGUCCUUGACAUCUUCUUCGCUGCCGACAUGCUCCUCAGCUUCCGCACCGCUGUCGUUGUCUACGGCGAAAUCAUCGACGACCCGCGCCUCGUCGCCCAAAAGUAUCUCAAAUCGUGGUUCCUCGUCGACUUCAUCUCGGUCUUUCCCGCCGAGUGGCUCGUGCCCAGCAGCAAAUCGUCCCGAAAAAGCGUCAAAUUGCUCAAGUACAUCAAGUUGCCGCGCAUGCUUCGCUUGUCGCAACUCGUGCGCCGCUUUCGUCGCUUCCAGCGCUAUGAAGGCGCCGUGGCCAUCUUCUCGGCCUUGAUCUUUGCCGUGCACAUUGCAGGCUGCGGCUGGAUCCUGGCCAUGGCACCGUGCGAGAACGUCCCCCCCAUGGCCCCCCAGGACCUCCACAUGUUUUGCGACCCGAGCAACGUGUUUGAAGCCUACUCGCUCGGGUUCCAUUACGCGCUCUCGAUCAUGACGCUGGCCUCGCUCGACAAUGUGUAUGCGACCUUCGACCCGCUCUGCGGAGGGUACCGUCUCGCGUAUCUCAAUGCAUCGACGAUCCCCGACGGCCUUCUCGUCAUGAGCAACUUGUUGGCGAUCGCGGGCAUACUUCUCUGCGCCAUCAUGAUCGGCAGCUGCGUCUUCGUCGUCGAGAGCUGGAACCGAGCGGGGUACCAAUUCCGCAAGCGCAUCGACAUCAUCAACCACGAAAUGGAGUUCCUGCAGCUGCCCGAGCACCUUCGCCAUCGGAUCCAAACGUACCACCAGUACCUCUGGACACACCAGGGAAGCGCGACGGAGAAGGUGACGCUGCUGCAAGACAAGGGCAUGUCGGAGCCGCUCCGUAAGGAGAUUGCGAUCUUCAUGUACCGCGACAUGCUGGCCAAGAUCCCGCUCUUCCGGACCGCCAAUGACCAGCUCCUCGGGCUCAUCUGCAUGUGCCUCCAUACCGUCAUCUACCUCCCGCGCGACAUCAUCAUCACGCGCGGCGAGCUCGGAAAAGACCUCUUUGUCAUUUCGAAAGGGUCGGUCGUCGUCCUCGCCGAGGCCCAUUCGCUUGAGGAGACGGACGUGGUGCUCACCGAAGGCGACUUCUUUGGUGAAGUCGGUCUCCUCAUGGCCGUCGAGCGCACGCGCACCGUGGUCGCCAAGACCAUUUGCGAACUUGGUGUGCUCGCAAAGGUCGACUUUGACAGCGUCAUGCACCAGUUCCCGGCCUUUGCAGUCGAAAUUCAAAAGCUCAUGCUGCAUCGCAAUCUCCACGCGAUCGGCGCCGUCGAGCGACCGGAAGAGCCACCGCUCGACCAAACGAUCUCGGCCCGGUCCGCCUGGGAGUCGUCGGGCGCGUCAGUCGAAGCGCGCUUAGACCGCAUUGAAGAGCUGCUCACGCUUCUCGUCGCGGAGAAGGAGAGAGCACAUGCUACUGCACCCUAGAAUGCGUCAUGUAUAUGGAAGAAUGGAGUAAAUUUGAUUGCAAGA